CAAUUUUUAGACACUUUUUCGAUUGUAGGAGAGAAUUUUUUCUAUUACAGCUAAUAGAAAACGAUAGAAAUAUUAUUACUAUUGUGAAAUAAAAUAAACCCUAACGAAAACGAAAAGUUCCUCAAUUCAAACGGGUUUUAGUGUCUUUGAGUGUCGUAAAGCCUCAAAAAGUAUCAGGAGAGCACAACCCCGAGAAAUACUAUUAGAUAUUAUUUAGAUACUUUCUCUCUGUUUCUACUAUCCUAAUACAAGACGGUUUAUUUUUGCUUAGAAUACAGCUGUACAUUGUACAAUGGUCGUUGUGUCGUAACUCGUACAUGACACUUGUUGUUGUUGUUGUUUUUUUUUUUACAUAAAUAUAAUUAAUUAAAAUAAUGCAGGAGCUUUUGCAAGACCUGAACAUAUUGAUAAAUCAUUAUGUUCGAUUAAUUCAAAUCGAAAUAAAUUAAUACAACAAAAUAUUUGUAAUAAUGUUUAUUAAAAUUGACAGGGACUUUGGUAUUUGUUUGUUUACACAAUAGAAAUACAUUGUUGUAAAUUUUUUGGAGCUUGUCAAAUAAUACCUGAUUACUUGUUGUUAAAGAAUUAAUAAUAAAGGGUUAAUAUAUAUUGAUAAUAAAUAAUUGGAGAAAGGGUUAUUCAAUUGAAAAAUUGGCAAAAUGUCUGCUUGUAGUUUGGCGUCUUUCAAUUACUACUGAUAAAUUAAUAACAUCAUCAUCAUCAAGGUCAUUCAAAGAAAGUGAAUUAUAUUAAAUAAUAUUUGUUUAUUUUUAAUUUAAUGAAAGUAUAAAUUAAAUAAUAAUAAUGGUAGAUGAUCAUAAGGAUGAUAAUUUGUGUCGAUUAUGUGGUCAAACAAAGACAACAGUUGUUGAUAUAUUUGAUGAAGAACAACAACAAUUGGCUAUUGAUAAAAAAAUCAUCAAAUGUUUGCAGAUAAAGAUUGAAGCAUCAGAUAUAUUACCAGUAACAAUAUGCAUAGAUUGUUUAAAUUUACUUGAUAAAUAUUAUGAUUUUUAUGAAAAAACAAAUGAAACACAAUUAUUAUUAAGUCAAUUUUUAAUUAAAAAAACAAAUGAUUUGUCGGAUAAUCAAAAAAAUAAUGAGACAGAUGAACAAGCUACAACAACAAUUGACAAUUUAACAGUACAACAAUCAUCAAGCUCAGAUGAUGAAGAUGAAAAUGUUGAUGAAAAAUUAAAUUCAUCACAAAAAAAAAUUGAAAAAACAAAUAAAAAAAAAUUAAAAUAUUGUAAAACAAAAAAAAAUUAUAAUGAACAAUCAGAAUCAGAUGAUGAUGAUGAAGAAGAAGACGAAGAAGAAGAUGAUGAAUCAUUUAAUGAAAAAAAAAUACCAGAUAAUUACAUGACAGGAACAGAAUCAGAUAAAGAAUCAAUAAUAAAAUCAAAAAAAAAUAAUAAUAUUAAAGAAUUAAUUGAUAGAUAUCACUGGUUGUGUACUGAUUGUAAUGAUAAAUUAGCAAGUUUAGAUUUACUUGUUGAACAUCAUAAAAAAUGUCAUAAUCAACAGCCAAAAUAUAUGUGUGUACAAUGUUGUAAAGUAUAUGAUAAAUAUUAUGGUUUUUUAAUUCAUGUAAGACGACAUAAAAAUAAAUCAAAAUAUAAUUGUAAAGAUUGUGAUAAAACAUUUAUACAUAAAAAAGUAUUAGAAACACAUCGUUCAUCAGUACAUAAUGAUGAAAAAAAUAAAUUUAUAUGUUCAACAUGUGGUAAAAUAUUUCGUCAACAAAGUGCACUUUAUAUUCAUAGUCGUUGUCAUCUUCCUGAUAAUAUUAAAAAUCGUUAUCCAUGUGAUGAAUGUGGUAAAAGAUUUACAACAAAACCAAAUUUAGUAACACAUAAAAGAAUACAUUCAGGUGUUAGAAAUUUUACUUGUGAUCAAUGUGGUAAAAGUUUUAUACAAAAAGGUAAUUUAGAAGCACAUUUUUUAACUCAUUCAAUUGAUAAACCUCAUUCAUGUUUAAAAUGUUUAAAAUCAUUUAAAACACCAUUACAAUUAAAAAAACAUGAAACAGUACAUACUGGUAUUAAACAACAUAUUUGUAAUGUUUGUAAUAAAUCAUUUAGAGAAAAAGGUACAUUAAGAGAACAUACAAGAAUACAUACUGGUGCAAUGCCAUUUACAUGUGAAUAUUGUGGUAAAUCAUUUAGAUUUAAAGGUAUUUUAACAACUCACAGAAGACAACAUACUGGUGAAAGACCAUAUUCAUGUAUUGAAUGCCAGCAUCAUUUUACAAAUUGGCCAAAUUAUAAUAAACACAUGAAAAGACGACAUGGAAUUAAUACGUCAAAUGCAAAAAAUAAUAAACAACAACAACAGAGCCAACAACAACAACAACAAGUUCCUCAACUUGAUGUGCAAAAUAAUGAAACAAUUCUAUCGGAUAUUCAGCAUCAUGAACCACCAGCAACAUUAACAACAACAGCAAGCAAUAUUCAUUUGAUACAAAAUGUCGCAGCACCAUCACAAUCAAUUGUUCAACUUCCAACAAUUGUCCAGACAGUAUUUCCAAUUGAUGCACCAUCAUCACCAGUUAUUAUUCAUGACAACAACAAUAUUUUUAGAGAAAGAAAUUCAACUUAUUACAAUUCUUCUCUACCUACUAUUCAAAAUUAUGUACCUUAUAAUUUUUACAUGUCAAAUAUUUCUGAAGGUGAACUAAUACUUCCAAAUAAAUAAAUAGAACAUUAUUAUUGAGCUUUGACAAUCAAUUGACUAAUACGUCACUUUAAUUAUUAUUUUAAUUAUGUUUAUAGCAAAAAAAA